GGCUUCGUGAGUCUUUGGUUCAAAUUAACUAAAUAGUAUACUCUCAAAUUGAAAUCAUUUAUAACUCUGAAAAUUGAAUUAUUGAUGAAUUGGUUCAAAUUAAAUCGGUUUCAAAUUGAUUUGUUUAGAAUUUGAUUCGAGUUCUUUGAUUUGAAUAUCAAUAAUCAUAUUUUUUUAUUAAUUAUUUUUUAUAAAAAUAAAAUAAAAUAAAAUAAAAUUUAAAAAAAAUCAGAAAAUGUAGAUAGAAGUGAAAUUCUAAACAAUUAACAAAAAAAGAUUAUAUUCCAAUCAAAACAGAUUUGGGAGUUCGCGUGAUCACAUCAUAUCUAUAAAGUUAUAGAUAUUUAUAAGUUAUUUCGAAAACCUUAAUGCUAUUUGUUCCCUCCCCAUUGCUUACGCCUCUCUCUCUCUCUCUCUCUCUCGGAGCGUGCGAUCACCGUAACUGUGGCGCAGCCUGACGUUGCAUUGAUCGCCACCUAACUCCGGCCCCAUGCAGACGCCGCUUCCCGCCGCCGGUUCCAAGUCGUCGUUUUGGUCGUCCCCUAGGGAGAUGGUUUUCGCUUCCCUUUCCAAGCUUCGUAUCUUUCCCCGGAAGUCAUCAACCGGGGGCCCCGACGUCACGGCGCCAUCCUUCUCCUCCUCGGCUUCGAGUUCAAGCCAGCAGCAGAUGAAGAAGAGCCCGAAUUCUGCAGGGGAAAAUACAAGCAAAAGCAAGAUGAAAACAACAUUUGAUGAUGAAAUUGACAUGAAAUACAGAUUGUUUAAACAAUUUGAUGUAGUUCAAGAUCAUUCAGAUCACUACUAUAAGUUUUCUAAAAUCAAGCGGCUUUUCCCUUUACAGCCAACAAAAGAUUGGGUGAGGUGGAUUCAGCAUGAGUGGAAGAUCCUAGAAAAUGAUCUACCUGAGACAAUAUAUGUAAGGGCGUAUGAAGAAAGGAUGGAUAUUCUAAGGGCUGUUAUUGUUGGACCAGCUGGAACUCCUUAUCAUGAUGGCCUUUUCUUCUUUGACAUUUUCUUUCCUCCAACCUAUCCCCAGAAACCUCCAGAAGUUUAUUACAGAUCUGGUGGACUUCGAAUAAACCCAAAUUUGUAUGAUUCUGGUAGAGUUUGUCUUAGCCUUCUCCACACAUGGUCUGGCGAGGGAUGUGAGAAGUGGAUACCAUACAAGUCAUCCAUGCUGCAGGUUCUGGUCUCUAUUCAGGCUCUAGUCCUGAAUGCCAAGCCAUUUUUUAAUGAGCCAGUAUAUGCCGAGAUAAAAAGUACACCUGAUGUAGAGAAGCGAUCCCUGAUUUACAAUGAGGGUGCUUUUGUUUUAUCCUGCAGAACGAUGCUGUAUUUGGUUAGGAAUCCCCCAAAGCAUUUUGGGGACUUUGUUGCUGGACAUUUCCGAAAGCAUGGAGGCACCAUCCUCAAAGCAUGUUACGCUUACAUGAAUGGUGUUCAAGUUGGAUGCACAAUCAGUCAAGGGAUAAAUGAAGUUAUUGAAAGCAGCAAAAAUUUCUCAGCGUCAUUCCAGACAUCCCUGAAGUUGUUAUCUAAAGACCUUUUAAGGGAAUUCACUCGCAAAGGAGCUGACUGCUCCGAAUUCCUUGCUCUGGUUGAAGUCAAAAAUUAAGCUUCCAGAAAAGCAGGCGAUAUUUUAAAAUUAUGAAGCCGAACUCUCUAUUGAUCUGCCCUACAACUUUGCUAGAUUACACAUUAAUAAUUGUCUACCUUACAAACAAUAUUAGCUUAUAGAUUAGAUUGGGCCGCAGGCCUUUUUUUGCUAAAAACUUAAUAGAUUAUUUGGCACUAUAAAUGAUUUGAUUGUCCAGCUUAUCUGACAUGUAAAUACCAUAUCUAGAUACUCUA